AUGCCCAAUAAACUUGCAUCCACAGAGAUGUUCGACGAAAUGGCCAAAUGGGUAUUAGCCCGGGUGAGACGGACCGCUCUCGUGCAUGUUUCAUGGAGAAUGCCUGUUCACUCUCUUCCCGCAGAUCCUUGGCCGCAACAUCGGCCGGUCUGGGGGAUGUUAGGGGAACGAGGAAAACCACGACCCCGUCGUCUAGUUCGCGAUGAGCUGGCGAUUGUCACGGCUGCUGGGAUAUUCAACACCUCUCUCAUUAUAUUAGUUGAAGGGAAUGUUAGAGAUUUGCCGUUAAUCAUUAAAUCUGAUGAGACACUUUUCAGGAAGAAGAAGAUUAAACCUGAACUGCUAGCAAUAAAAACAAGUUGGCACAGUUGCGGAGCACUCAAAACCAAUUCAAGCACGCUCUGA